ACACCCUGUUUUUUGCUGCAGCUAUAGGGUGUGUCAGCUCAGCUACAGAGAAUCUACUGAACUGCUGCAGUCUCCUUCUCGAGAAUGUCGUCGGCGGACGGGGAGAGUGUGUUCGGGCGCGGGAAGACGUUCCGCGGGAAAGGCGUGGACGACUCGUGGAAGAAGAUUCAAGAGAGGACCUUCACCAACUGGGCCAACGACCGUCUCCGAGGAAACCUGAAAGUCGCCAAGAGACAAUUGAAGACGCUGGAGGAGGAUCUGAAGGACGGGCAGCUGCUCAUCGAGCUGGUGAACAGACUGGCAGCCACCGAAGAUGCCCAGAGCACCCAAGGCGGCAAGGCCGAGGGCCCCAGAGGUCCAAAGUCCAUCGAGAAGUGGGACAAAAAUCCUCGCGGAAAGCUCCAGUGCCUCGAGAAUAUAGGAAUGGCUCUCCACUUCUGCGAGUUGCAUAACAUCAAGCUAGUCAACAUUGGACGGGGGGACAUCUAUGAUGGGAACAUGAAGCUGAUUCUCGGACUACUGUGGACACUGAUCGGAAAGUACCAGAUCAAGAUCAGCGGGAAAGGCAUAACAACCAAGAAGGCCAUGAUUGGCUGGAUCAACACCGUCAUACCCGAGUACGAAGUCUCCAAUUUCAACACCGAUUGGAACGACGGGCGAGCUGUGUGCGGAAUGGUGGACCGCAUCCGACCUGGGCUCUGCCCCAACCACUUUGCCCUGGAGCGGAGCCACGGUCUGGAGAACUGCAGACUCGGAAUGGACCUCUCGGAACAGCACCUGGACAUCCCCAAAGUCCUCACCCCCGAGGACCUCAACAACCCAGAAGUGGACGACCUGAGCAUCAUGACGUACCUCUCCUACUUCUGCCAGCCGUACAACGCGGUGCUCCUGCAGUGGAUCCGCCAGAAGAUCCCUCACAGGGGAAUCAAGAACCUCUCCAGCGACUGGAACAACGGGAUCAACCUUGGAGCACUCACCGAGUCCUGCUUCCCAGGGAUCUGCUCCGAUUGGGAGGCAAUGGACCCGUCCAACGCCAUCAAGAACAACGAGAGGAUGAUCGCACUCAUCAAAGAGCGGCUCGGAAUCAACUGCCCGGUCAGCGCCGCUGAGCUUGCCGAUCCGAAGAAUGACGAAAUCGUCGUGGCAACCUACCUCCACCACUUCCGAAACGCAAAGCUCCACAACUCCCCAGAGCAGUUUUCCCUCCUCAUGCCCCCCCGACAGGCGGCUGCACCAUUGUACAGGAGACCUUCACCUUCGAAGUGCAAGUGA